AGGUUCAGCAGAGCUAUGACAUGGAAUGCCCUUGUUAACAAUCUUUCUCAAACACUUUCUAGAAUCAUCAGAAUUACUUCACUUAACAGGCAUAUUUUACCUACCAAAACUAAGAUUACUUUGUAUGAUAAUUUUUUUUAUUUCCAUGUAAGCUAUUGUCUCCUUGUCUGGGGCAACACAACGGUGUCUAACAUUCUAAAACUGCAAACCUUGCAAAACAAAAUGCUCCAUGUGAUUGUCAAUGGGUUGUAUGAUUUGCCCACUAGGCAUGUUUACCUACAUUAUAAUAUUGUACUUACCAACAAAUUAUUUGACUGCAGAUUUGCAUGCUGUUAUAACACAAUAACAGGAAAAAAUGAUUCAUUUAUUUCUCAAAUUCUUCCACUUACAUGUCGCCACUCAUCAUAUGAGUACAGAGUACAGAGUCAUUUUGUAUUACUGAUGUGUAGAACUAGCUAUUGGUUUUUUAUGUUAAGCUAUAUUGUGCCAAAGUUCUUGAAUACCUUAUUCCAUGACCAACUAAAUACUAUGUCUUUGUCUGCCAUCCUGAAGAGCUUUAUUCAACAAUCUAUGGUACUGUGAUGUCAAGAGCUUGCAUGUUAACUUACAUUGUACCACUCUGUGUUAUAGCUUUACAAUUACUUGCAUUAAUUAUUAUUGCCGAUUAUGAGACAGAAGUCUUUUCUGACAAUCUUGUUCUUGAUAAGUGCGUAUAGACUUGUACUCAAUUUUGCCCAGUGGUUGUUUUUUACCUUGUGCCUACCGCUGACUUGUAGGGGUAGAGGCCCGCCAAGCAGUGUAUAAUUCGCUGCUUUUUUCUCACCAUCCCCAGUUUGUUUGUAUGUACAAACUGAAAUAAAAGACUUGGCUUGACAAGGAGAGCAAGCUACGUCAGCAUUAUAUUGUCUCUGCAAUAGGCAUUUUACUUUCCUAGACUGUGCCAUCAUACAUUUUUCACUGAGAAAACUGCUUUUCCAGUCCAGCAUUGUAACGGAUAACCUGUGCUUCUGAUUCAUGAUGCGUGAGAUUGACAUGCACUGCACUUGUGCAUGGCAUUUAACCGGAACAUGGGCAUAUUGUGGACCUGGGCAGUGCGUGUAUAUCAUUUAAGCAUUUCCAAUGUUGAA